AUGGCCCACAUGGGCGCGGCUGGGGCACCCUUGCGACCGCCCGCACCGGCCUUGGUGGCGGUGGACGGCAACGGGACGCUCUUGGGCGCGGACGGCAGCAGCAAGGCGCUGGCGACCCUGGAGAAGGCUGGCAUGCAGAGGUAUGCUGGCGGCGCCUACGAGGGGGAUGACGCGAGGCUUGUGAUCACCGAGAACGGCGCGCGGGCCAUUCAGGUGGAGGGCGGGCGCGCGCUGUACGAGCUGUGGCUUGACGGGCCAGAAUACGGCGCUGCAAUACGAGGCAUACGGCAGGGAUCGCAGAGCAGGUGCUUCUUUGCGCAGUUGACCAAAGGCGGCGGUCUCAUCGAGGAAGGUCAUCCUUGGUUGCAGUGCGAAGAACUGGCGUUGGAGGCAAGGCGCUUCUUUGCAUCGGCCGUGGCCGACAUCGCAGAGGAGCUGCAUGAGGGCGUGAAGUGCGCCAAGUGCUAUGUCACAGUGCCAAGCUCAGAGGAUUUCGACGCCACAAUGGCAGAGCUGAAGGCCUCGGCAGGCACUGGCUGGGAGGUGCGCCCGAUCAAGCAGUUGCUGCCAGGUAUCACCAAGACUUGCGAGUUGCAGAGCGACCGCGUCAACAAGGCGGACGGUCUGGCGGGCCUCUGCCAGGCGAUAGGGGUGCAGAUGCAGAGCGUGUGGGCUUUCGGAGACGACCUGAACGACCUCCGGAUGCUGCAGGAGGUGGGGUGGGGCGUCCGCAUUCGGGAGAAGGAACGCUCAGCGUGCAGGAAUGGUUUCCUGGAGGAAGGGUGUGCUGGAGGCACUUGGCCAUGCUUGACCGUCAUGAGGCCCGUCCCCAUGGCCUCAGGACGGCCAAGAACGACGCGAGGUGCAAAGUGGCCACGGGGAGAGGCCUCGGGGUGCAGGACCCGCUUUGGAAGGACCUGA